AUGGAAGAAGCAGUCGAAGAGACUACGCAGGAAUCCAGAAACGAAUACGCAAGAAACCUAGUCUGGACGACGUUCUACUUUGACGAGAAAACGGUCAACACCUGCGACGUGUUGCUAACGAGGCAAUUUCUUGUGGAUAGGAAAUUGCUGAAGAAGUCGCUGGCUACUGAGCCCGUUGGUCAGGAUCUCGAGGCUGUGAAAGCCAAGGAGGAGCUCGAACAAGAAAUGGGCAAAACUGAGAAAACCGACUCUGACGAGAAGCUCCCAACUUCAUUUGGCAGCAAGAAAACCUCGCGACCGUUGCCGCGCUCAUGGCUGGGAUGGAUAGAGAAAAUGGAUUCAAAGGCCUAUUGGGAGAGUAUCAACGAAUAUCUCAUCUACAAAGAAAUGGACGAGCAGGGCCAGGAGGAGUUGCUUCAUAAAGCGGUAAAGAACAAACCAGCUAUGAUCUUACCGUGCCACGAAAAACUGAAGAAUCACGCGGACGAUUUCGUGGAGAUUGGUGCAAAGUACGAGGAUCCCGGGCAGCGGAUGGAGGCCCUGGCUAAGUUUCUCGAGCGUCGCUGCCACCAGGAUUUUCUGGCGCUUUGGGCCUCGGCUCGCACGACUCGGUGCCGGAAGUACCUAGCAAAGAUGGAGAGGCUUGGCAUCGCCACAGGGCUGGACAAGAAGAAAUUCACGGUGCCCGAUGACACCGUCACGCCGGUAAUCGAUUCCGACGAUUCUGACGACCACGGCGAGGAAGCGGCUGAAGAACCACAAGCCAGUUCUUCUGUGGAAACGCAGCCAAUCUACGACGUUCUCUACGAGGUGUACGAAGAGGGCGCUCAUUUGGAAAUGAAGUUGGGCGCGAAAUCCGAACGACCUCAAGCCCAGGCUCAGCCGUCUGUUGAGGAAGCCGCUACACCUGUUUACGAUAUGGCCAACUUUUCGUUUGCCUAUGAUCCUGAAAAAGAUGCCCAGCUGCUGGCCUCAAAUGCUUGCGAGCUCUUCCAUAUGGAUAAGGAAAUUCGGAAAUACUGGUUCCAGCGCUAUCGACUUUUUUCACGCUUGGAUCAAGGGGUGUUGAUGGAUCGGGAAGGCUGGUUCUCGGUGACGCCAGAACGAAUCGCAUCCCAUAUUGCACAGCGUAUGGUGACGCGCCCCGGGAUGGUGAUCAUCGAUGGGUUUGCCGGCGUUGGAGGAAACAGCAUCCAAUUCGCGCUUCAUGGAGCUUACGUAAUCGCCGUCGACCUCGACCCAAUUCGCCUAAAAUGCGCCAAGCGUAACGCCGAGGUGUACGGCGUGGCCGAACACAUCGAAUUCAUCUGCGGAGACUUCUUCCAUGUCCUCUCGCAGCAGCGCUUCCAAAGCGGACAGUCGAUCAUUGACGCCGUGUUCCUAUCACCGCCCUGGGGUGGCCCGUCGUACAUUUUUGAGAAGGAAUUCGACAUUGGAACUGGGUGUACGCCGAAUGGUUUCGACAUUUUCGAGGCGGCGCGCCGGCUGACGCCCAACAUUGCUUACUUUUUGCCAAGGAAUACGAAACAAAAUCAGAUCGUUCAUCUGGCUGGCCCUGGAGGCAAGGUGGAGGUCGAGCAAAGCUGUUUGAACAAGAAGAUCAAGACCAUCACCGCCUAUUUCGGGAAUCUUUGUCAAGGAGCCGCGAAA